AUGGCGCUCUCUUAUCGUGGGGUUGGUGCUGCUACAAACUUGGAUGCUUUGAAAACCUAUGUUAGCUUCUCACCCAAGAAAACUUUUACUUGUAAAAGAAGCAAGAUAGUCGCAGGCAGUCAAGGGAUUAACGCAAUCGCAAGCGCCUCUGCUGUAGUCGCGACGGAGCCACUGACUAAAGAAGAUCUCAUUGCCUAUUUUGCUUCUGGAUGCAAACCAAAGGAAAUGUGGAGAAUAGGCACAGAACACGAGAAGUUUGGUUUCGAGGUCAAGACUCUGCGCCCUAUGAAAUAUGAACAAAUAACUUCACUGCUCAAUGGUAUCGCCGAGAGAUUUGGCUGGGAUAAGGUGAUGGAGAAUGGAAGAACCAUUGGUCUAAAACAGGGAAUGCAAAACAUAUCAUUAGAACCAGGAGGCCAACUAGAGCUAAGUGGAGCACCACUAGAGACUUUGCACCAAACUUGUGAUGAGCUCAAUUCACAUCUUUACCAAGUGAAAACUGUUGCUGACGAACUGGGAGUUGGUUUCUUAGGUAUCGGCGGUGAACCUAAAUCUAGUCUCGAGGAUAUGGCCACUGUGCCCAAGAGAAGGUAUGACUUUAUAAAAAAUCACCUAGAGAGAUUUGGCUCAUCAGGACUCGACGUGAUGCUCAAAACAUGUACUGUUCAGGUCAAUCUAGACUAUGGCUCAGAAACCGAUAUGAUCAGGAAGUUUAGAGCUAGUCUAGCUUUGCAACCUAUUGCGACUGCCCUAUUCGCAAAUUCCCCUUUUAGUAAUGGAAAACCAAAUGGGUUUCUAAGCAUGAGGAGUCAUUUAUGGAUAAACUCCGAUAAGAACCGGACAGGAAUGAUACCUUUUGUGUUUGAUGACUCAUUCGGGUUUGAGAGGUAUGUCGACUACGCACUUGAUCUUCCCAUGUGCUUCUUACAUCGAAACAAAAGCUAUCUUGACUGUAAAGGAAUGACAUUUAGGGAUUUCUUGUCAGGAUUAUAUUAUGAAAAACCAACCAUUAACGACUGGGAAAACCAUAUAGGAACAAUUUGGCCAGAGGUCCGGUUAAAGAGAUACUUGGAGAUGAGAGGUGCCGAUGGAGGUCCUUUAAGGAUGUUGUGUGCCCUACCAGCUUUUUGGGUGGGUUUGCUAUACGAUGAGGAUUCUCUCCAAGCGGUUCUUGAUAUGAUAGCUGAUUGGACUCCUCAAGAAAGAGAGAUGCUUAGGACACAAGUCCCAGUCACUGGCCUAAAGACAAUGUUUAGAGGUGGUCCUUUGAAACAUGUCGCUGAAGAUGUCAUAAAGCUAGCAACGGAUGGUUUGGAGCGUAGAGGCUACAAGGAAACCGGUUUCUUGAAUGCCAUCGAUGAGGUGGUUAGAACAGGUGUUACGCCUGCAGAGAAGCUCUUGGAGUUGUACAAUGGAGACUGGGGACAAAGCGUGGAUCCUCUGUUUCAGACACUGAAGUACUAA